AUGGUCGACCGUCCCAACAAGCCGACCGCGCUGGCGACCACGCCCGGCCUGCCGCCCCAGCCCCAGGUCAACUUCACGCACAACAACUCGCGCGUCUCGGCCGUGCUGCCCUCGGGCGAGAGCGUCGAGGUGCUCCUGUUCGGCGCCACCGUCAUCAGCUGGAAGGACUGCGCCGGUAACGAGAAGCUCUGGCUGUCCGACGUUGCCAAGCUCGACGGCUCCAAGGCCGUGAGAGGAGGUAUCCCCCUGGUCUUUCCCGUAUUCGGCACGGCACCCGACCACGCCGCAACCUCGAAGCUGCCGUCGCACGGCUUUGCGCGCAACACGAAGUGGGAGUUCCUGGGCAGGUCGAGUUCCGAGUCGUCGCCCUCGACCGGCGCCUCCGAUGCCUCCAUCAAGCUCGACUUCGGUCUCUCGUCCGCCACCCUCGACGACAAGUCCAAGGAGCUGUGGCCCUACACCUUCUCGGCCAUCUACAGCGUCACUCUGACCCCGGACAGCUUGGGAACUGGCAUCGUCGUUACGAACGAUGGGGACAAGCCCUUUGAAUGCCAGGUUCUGAUGCACACCUAUCUACGGGUCAAGGACAUCGCUAAGGUCGAAGUCACCGGCCUUGAAGACUCCGAGUACAUCGACAAGGUCGACGGUGCCAAGACCAAGAAACAGUCGGGCGCCAUCACCAUCACGGGCGAGACGGAUCGGGUAUACCAGCCGGCUAAGGGCCCCUCGGAGCCCGUCGUCGUCAUCGAGAGCGGCGAGACGGUCUUCAGCGUCGUGCGCGACAACCUUAAGGACGUUGUGGUGUGGAACCCGUGGACCGAAAAGGCCGCCGGCAUGGGCGACUUCGAGCCCAAGACGGGCUGGAAGAACAUGAUCUGCGUCGAGGCCGGCUCCGUUCGGGGCUGGACGGCCCUCGAGCCCAACGACACGUACCAGGGCGCCCAGACCAUCUCCGUCUGA